AUGGCUGGAGUAUGGUUAGACAAAAAUGUCAAUACUAGUAAAGAUGAAGGUAAUUUGCCUGAGAUUCAGAUUUCUGGGGACACGUCGAAAUUCCAGUACACGAAUAGACAGGGAAAUAGAUCAGCAUUGAGGAUUUCCAGGGUUGUUUCUGAAACUUUAAGGUUGGGAGUGAAAGAUGUGAGGUGGUUUGUUAUGAGGGAUGAUGACACAGUUUUCAUUGUAGAAAAUGUGCUAAGAGUGCUUUCUAAAUAUGAUCAUAAACUGUUUUAUUAUAUUGGGAGUUUUUCAGAAAGUCAUAUUCAGAACAUAUUUUUCUCAUAUGGAAUGGCUUAUGGUGGAGGGGGAUUCGCCAUCAGUUAUCCAUUGGCAAAAGAGCUGGAGAAAAUUCAGGAUGGCUGCACUCAAAGGUAUCCUGCAUUGUAUGGCAGUGAUGAUAGGAUUCAGGCUUGCAUGGCUGAGCUACGGGUCCCACUUACCAAAGAAAUUGGUUUUCAUCAAGGAAGUCUGAAAAAAUUCAAGCCCAACAGCAAAGUUUGA